AUGUUACACAAAGAAGGUGAUGAAGAUCUGCUCCAGUACAUGGUUCCUGGAAGUACGCUGGACGACAUCGUUACUGAUGAGGAUGAUGACGACUUUGACGCGUACUUCGACGUCAUAGAGAACAACAAAACGGGCACAGCGCCCGUGGUGGUGCCGAGUAACGCUACACAAGUAAAUGCUCAAGGUGGAGCAACCUCUUUAGCCAAAUUUCAGCCUGCACAGCAUAAAAAUGCGAAUGCCAGUGUCCUUAACCGAAUCCGCAUCGAUGAAUUCUACGAAGGACACGGUGGGGGUGCGAGUGGAGGUGCGAAGGCCAACCAGCGGGUGCUUAAUGAGCUCCGUGACAUGACCAUAAGCGGUCGCUUUGCUUCUAGCCAGUCCCCGAAGAACGUGGACCGCUCGGAGAGGGCGACGGUAGAGAAUGUAAUGGACCCACGGACGCGGCUCAUUUUAUAUAAGCUAGUCAACACAGGCAUUUUAUUUGAAAUCAAUGGCUGCGUUUCCACCGGGAAGGAAGCAAAUGUAUACUACGCUGUAUCUGGUGAUGGUAGCCCCGUCGCGCUUAAGGUCUUCAAGACCUCCAUCUUAGCUUUCCGUGAUCGAGAUCAGUACGUCUCAGGAGAGUACCGGUUUCAGCGAUACUGCAAGAGCAAUCCACGCAAGAUGGUGCGCACCUGGGCCGAGAAGGAAGCCCGCAAUCUCAGUCGCCUGCAGGAUGGCGGCGUGUUGGCCCCAGCGGUGAAGCUUCUAAGGCACCACAUCCUCGUGAUGGAGUUUCUUGGUGAAGAUGGCUGGCCUGCGCCGCGGUUGAAAGAAGUGCUCUUCCCCUCCCACGCAUCCCUGGAUCGCUGUUAUCUCGACCUCUGUUGCACAAUGCGCAAGAUGUAUGCCCGCAGUCGGCUUAUACAUGGCGAUCUCUCAGAGUAUAAUCUGCUCCUCUACCGUGGGCGUGUUGUUGUGAUUGACGUAUCUCAGUCAGUUGAGAGCGACCACCCGCGUGCCAUGGAUUUUCUACGGCGUGAUAUUACCAACGUGAAUUCUUUUUUCGUAUCCCAAGGGCUUGCUAACACCUUCACUCUGCAGGAGCUUUUUCACUUCAUCACGGCGACAUCAGCUCCUUCUGGCUGGCGGUGCUGCAGCGGCUCUCAAAACGAUCAAGAGCUACUGGAGCACCUAAAAGAACUUCGUGAGUGGAGGCAAUUGGAGGGCAAGGAUACGUUCGCCCAGAGUGAAAAGGCCAAGGUUGAUGAGCAGGUGUUUUUGAACAUCACAGUACCUCGAACACUGAACGAGAUUUCCGAUCGAAGAGCCCCCAAUGAUGAGGUAGUACCGUUCGUGGAGGGAAUGAUUUCCCAUGGAAGGUGUCAAGUAGCAGGAGACAUGGCGCAAUGUGUUGAGGCACCGUUCAGCGAGGAGAGCUCCGAAUGUCAGCAAACUAGUAACGAUAGCAUGAUGGGGAAGAACAUGGAAGAUGAAGCGGUUAGCAAAACGCAGAGGGAGAGAAUCCUCGCGGUGGAACCACGGACCCUAGCUGAGAUGUCUAAGGAAGAACGCAAAGAGCAUCGCAAAGCUGUCAAGAAGGCUCAGCGGGAACGGCGUGUGGCAAAGAAAAAGGAUGUGUCGAAGAAAGGAAAGCUCUACAACCACUGA